AUGGAUGACGGCACUUUGCACGUAUCUGUCUGUGCCUGGGGUCGUUCGAUUUGCUUGGUUUGUUGUGGUGGUGUUUGUGCCUGUGUCGUCAAAGUUUCCCACCUGUUUCCCAAGCGGACUCGUCACUAUUACUCCACGAAUUUCCUCUUCAGCUUGCUAGCUCCGGCCUGA